GACAGUCCGGUUGCAGCUGUGUUCCCAGCAAAAAUGAAUGGGAGUCAUCAAACAGACGGGCCUCUGUCAACAUCGAUGAAAUCCACCGGUGAAAUUGAUGACCAGCUACCAGAUAUAUUAAGGGAUGUAGUCUUCGUGGAUUUUUUCAACACAUUUCUAAAUUUACCGGUGUUUGGACAGACUCCAGUUUUCUUUCUGUCGGGAAACAAAUGGUUUCCGUGUCCUGCUAUAGGCCAGGUAGGCUAACCGUCGUUAGUGAAUUGACUAUUAAGUCGAGUGAGUUGAACAGUAGGUCAAUUGCCAUCAUAAUAAAACACUACUGUUACGUUUUACAUAAUUACGUGGACAUUCUCCAUGAUCUAUGUGGGGGCAGCGGGUCAAUAGAAGAGGGUUUCUGAAGUGGCUGACAGCCCAUCGACUGCCCUCUUUCAAAGACACUGAGUUGUUCAGAUGCUAUAAGCUCUGUAAAGAGCUCCUUGACUUCUCACAGUAUCACUCGAAAGGUAGACAAGACAAUCACAAGCCAUAGAAACAGGGUUUCGCUGUUAUACCUAACUGAUGUCGAUGUGGCAGAUAAGAUGCACUUUGAUUUGAUCUUGAAGAACGUUAUACAGAUGUUCUAAACUGGACAACAGCGGACCAGUGGCUACUUAAGAAGUGCAUUGGCAGUGUCAGGGGAAUGAAUCGAUUUUGCACUUUCAUACAAAGCUCUCGAGGCGAGGAGUUGGUAGCGUUCUGUGUUCGAGUGUCGCGGUUGCUUGCGAUGAAUGCAGAGGACCCCAGGUACCACUCUCUCCUGACUGUGAUCAAGGUAGUUCACCUCAGGGAGGGGUCAAGUGUGCCGACUGCCUGCCGCAUCUCCACAGAUGCCUUCGUGGACAUUAUGUCCGGUGACCAUCCUGAUGGUGACAGAAAGCAAGUCUUGGCUCAGAUGUACACCAAAACCUUGCAGCGGCUCCAGGUCUACUGGCUCCCUCAGUUCCUGCAAUGCUGUAAGACCUCCAUACAACGUGUAUCCGAGUGCAGCUCUGUCGCUCAGCAGUACAGCUCCAUAGCCUCCCUCGAGGCUGCGGCUGUGGAUCUAAGACCCUUUCCCCAGGAUGCGGGCCUGGGCCUGGGCCUGGAGGAGAAGGAGGGGCUGCCGCCUGGGAGUUCCACGGUGACCUACUGUUCUAAACACACCAAGAGGCUCCUGUGGACGGAACCGCUGGAACCAGCAACCACCACCCUGGAGGCUGAGGGUCUUCGACCUAGCUUCUGCCAGUGGCUUCCAUUUGGGGGCGCCACGGACCAGGAGGGAUGCACCAACGUUGUGCACAAUCAGAUGGAUUUCCAGGCGGUUGCGACUGAUGGCGAGCCUAAAAAGACGCCUUUGACAUCCAAAGAGGGCAGCGGCCGAGCUAGAGAGGCGGACCCGUGCCUCGCCAGCACUGCCCCUUCCAGACAGGAGGAGAGUCAGGUGAAGGAGGUGGUCGUCCCACACGUCUGCCUGGAGACCCCUGCCCUCUACCUCCCCGUUAACCUCCCAGUCCCAGCUUCCCCCCCGGAGCUCCGCGGCCUCAGGUACUUGACGCUCGCUUUGUCGGCGGACGGCAUCGCCGGUGGCCCCUUCCACGCGUUCCUGCGGGAGAAGAGCUUGCGGGCCCAGCUGUGCCAUCUGGCCCUGUGGCAGGAGCUGGAGCUGUUCCUCAGGAUCUCUCUCAGGGCCCAGGGAGAUGACUCCUUCGACGGGCACAAGCAGGCCGUGGCCAGGAGGAUCAUCCUUAUCUACCUGUCGGAAGCCGCGGAGACAGAGGUCCAGCUUGAGGCUGAGACGAGCAGCCAUCUUAGCAGACUCCUUCCCUCUGGAACGGUUAUCCCAUGGAUAUACAAAGCCAGACAUGAGAUCUGCCAGGUGCUUUGGGUGUCGUACGAUGCGUUUUUGGACGAGGAGGACAACUGUUUCAGUUCCUAUGUGUUUGACAAUGACAAGAGUGAAGAUGAAAACUGUGGGUGGAUACUGACCUCUAGUGGUCACCACACGGCAGAGCAGCAGCGGAGUCGCAUGAGGGAGGCGCUGGCCCUGAGUCAGGCCUGCUGUAGCCAUGGCGAUGACGCAUCGAGGGUGUCCGAGGAGAGCUGGGCUCAGAUAGCACUUGAGGAUGUGGCUAGGGGAGGGUCUGUCCACAUGCAGUACAUAAAGUGUGAUCCAUUUGAUCUACCAUUUGAGUUGUUGGCGUUGAGGUAUCCAAACAAGGCAGCAGAACAACUAAGUUUAAACUACCAGCUCUAUUACAAGAAGAUGCCUAGCUUUGGUGAAUCCACAAAAACAGUACCCAGUAGUACUGUGAUAAAGAGAAUUCCCAUCAUGUUAAAGAAGAACAGCAGUUUCAUGCGAAGGCCUUCGAUGAGGCCAAGGUCAUUUGCGGACGUGUUCAGGUCUUCUGUGAGUUUGGAUUUCUUCAAACGCUUCUUGCGUGUAAAUAAUGCCUAUGGACCCCUGCAGUACAUACAGGAAGUGGAAAAGCUUAAGGCUUUGGAUCAUACUAAAGCCCAAAGAACCAAAGUCCAUGCCAUUGUGGAUAGGUUCUUUCUGCGGAGUGACUCCAUGAAAUACCUGCAGUGCAAGGCUGACAUCAUCUUCCAGGUGUCACAAAUGCAACAUGUCACCUGUGCGACUCUCUACAACGUCCAAGAGAUGGUUUCAAAGUCUCUUGAAAGCACAUGGUUUAAAGUGUACCAGGACACCUUCCCACCCUGUCCGACAGUGGUCACGGACACCACCCAGAGAGCAACACUGCUGAGCAACAAACUGAGGAACGUCUGGAGAGUGCUCACCCGAUUUAUUAAAAGUGUCUGCAAAUUCCGCAACGCCAUGAAAGACCCGUCCACGAGAAGUACCUUCGAACAGUACCUGAGACACAGCUACGCCAGCUUCUCCGAAGCUUGUUCUGACAUCGUGUUGAAUCAGACGCACUCAGACGCCCCCCUGCCCCCCAAGGAAGAGGGGGACGCCCCCAUGAAAGUACGCGUCAUCAAUCGCAAGGUCAUCGUCGUGGACUUCCUGGUCAACGACCUGUCCUUCUAUCUGGAGUGUGAGAGGUUCCGGAGCUUGGCGGACGCGUGCACGGUGAUGGAGUCGGCAGGUAUGAACGGGGAGAACGACCACGACAUGCUGCACAAGAAGGCGGAUAUGAUCGUCAUGCUCUUCCUCAAGUCCGAGAUCUCGCCCAAACUUCGGAUCAACAUUGCUGAAAAUCAGAGGGAUUUCAUUCUGCAGCAUUUUUGGGAAGGGGAAGUAGACCGUGGCCUUUUUCACCCUGCCAUCCUUUCCGUCUUCCCCAACCUGAUCUUCUGUUGGAGAAAGUUUUGCUGUCAGAAGGUGACAAACAAUCUGACCGUUGUCAAGGGGACAAAGAAGCCACUGCUGACCUCCCCUGACUACUUGAACCCUCUGAAAGACCAGUAUCGAAAAAUCAAGACAAUCACCUCUGCCGCAGAGGAACAAACCACUUUGCGCUUUACCAUCCACCAUGGCCUCAGACUGAUCCUGCCUCUGUUCAGGUCAGAGGUCAAAGAAGAUCUGCCAACAAAAGUCCCCAGUCACCAUCGAUCCAUUUCCUCUGUCCAUUUAAAGUCUAUCUCUGAACACCAUCCGCAUCUCAGUAUCCAACUACCACACCCAGAUGGCGGCAUAACCCCAGAAGGCGCUGUGAUCUUAGAGGAAGGCCAGCACAAAUAAACUGUGCAACUGUACAAAUAAAAAUGCAAGAUGAAAAAGUUUGGUACUGCUUGAAACCGUGGAAAAAAGUUGUGUUACAUUUUCGUUACAAAGGCUAUGGCAAGAAACUUGGCAGUUCACUUGACAGUAAAUAAGGAUUGAAACCUAAAGUAUCUAUUUUCUUUAAAUACCCUUGCUUUUCCUCGGUGGUGAAGUGUGCGACAUCAUUCAUUCUCACUGAGGAGA